AUGGGCAUCCACGGGCAUCAGGUCUCUCUCGACCCCCUCCCCUGUGACAUCCAUUCGACACCGCCGCCCUCCGACCCCGGCAGCGACAACGACACCCGCAGCCUAGAUGGCGGUCCCAUCGCGCACGAGAUACCCCGCUCGCCAGAGGGAAUGGAAGAGCCGUGGGAGGAUAGGUGCCAGAUCUUGAUGCGCGAGAACAAGCUGCUGAAGGAGAACUGUGAGAGUUGGGAGGACAAGUGUCGAGCUAUCGAAAGCAAGCAAAGGUACCUCGCCGAGCUCAGUGCUAUCUGCGACGCUGCUCGCCUGAGAGAUAUGAAGAGCGAGCUUCGCAAUAUCCUCGACUCGAUCGUGCGCGAAAAGGAAGAGAAUAUGCGCGCUCUGCGCGAGCUCGACCGUGUACGUGACGACAAUCUUCUCGAAUCGCGCAAGGACAUUGUCCCCUUCCCCACCUCUCCCCACGUGGCAUCUGAGCUCCCGCCUCUAUCUCGAGGGAUCAGCCACCGUAUAUCCAACCUCUUCCCGCCCCGACGCCACAGCAUGUCCCCUUACAACCUCGAGCGGGGAAGAUCGAGGGUCGCGCGCAAGGUGCGGUCUGUCACUGGGACUGGACCACCACCGCUCGGGAAGAGAGUGUCGGUAGAGCAGAGAUUGACGAUUGAGAAUUGGAGGCAGAAGGCGGGAGAGAGCGAAGAGGUGGUGAUGCAGAGCCCGACGAGUUUGACGCGCCCGUUGAGCCCGAUGAGUGGGGAUGAAUGGCAAGAGGUGAUGAUUGCUGCCGUCCAUCCAUCAGACCGGAUCGACAUUGCCCGUACCCAGUCGAGUAAUACCGAUAUUGGGCCGUUGCCUGCCGUCGAGGGAGUGGUUCUGGAAACCAGAAAAGUGUUGCCGGUAAAGGCGAGGCCUGUGACCAAAAAGUACUCUUCGUGGUUGAGGAGAAAGGUCGGAAAGUAA